AUGACUCUGGUUCUGUCCAUGAAUAGAUUCUGCGAGCCCAUUGUCUCGGAAGGAGCUGCUGAAAUUGCUGGGUACCAGACACUAUGGGAGGCUGACAGCUACGGAGGCCCAAGCCCCCCUGGGCCAGCACAGGCUCCUCUGCAGGGAGACCGGGGAGCCGGUCCCCCACUGGCAGGAUCACAUUACAGGGGAAUUUCGAAUCCUAUAACAACAUCCAAGAUCACAUACUUUAAGAGGAAGUAUGUGGAAGAAGAGGAUUUUCACCCACCGCUCAGCAACUGCAGCCAUAAAACCAUCUCAAUUUUUGAGGAACGAGCCCACAUCCUUUACAUGUCAUUAGAAAAGCUAAAGUUUAUCGAUGAUCCUGAAGUGUAUCUGCGAAGGUCCGUCCUGAUCAACAAUUUGAUGAAAAGGAUCCAUGGAGAAAUCAUCAUGCAGAGUAACUGGUGCUUUCCUGCCUGCUCUUUCAAUGGCCCCUCUGCUCAAGAGUGGUUCAUGGCUCAAGACUGUCCCUACCGAAAACGACCACGGAUGGCCAAAGAGGAGUGUGAAAAGUUUCAUGCCUGCUGCUUUUACCAAGAAUGUGGCGGUCACUACCUAAAUGUACCCCUUUCUGUCCAUGCUAGCGUUGGAAGUGCCUCCACCACUGUCCCCUCUUCCUCCUCAUCUUCCUCUUCCUCUCCCCCUCUACCUUUACCGAGUUGUUCCCACCAGGUGGAUUUUGACGUAGGCAGCGCACCUAUUUACAAGGGUGAUGGCCAGAUCCCUGCCAAUGAAAUCUUUGUUACUAACGUCAGGUCGCUAGGUGUUCAGGAAAAGGCCACAGUAAGUGAUGAGAAAGCAAAUCAUGACACCAGCAGGGAUGGUGGCCCCUUAAGCCAUGAACCUGUGGGAAGUGACCUGGCUUUUGAGUGCAAAGGCCAAUUUUAUGAUUAUUUUGAGACUGGAUAUAAUGAGAAAAGCAAUGUGAGCGAGUCUUGGAAAAAAUCUUUAAGGAAAAAGGAAACUUCAUCGAGUAACAAACUGUGCUGCAGCAAAGGGAGUAAAAUAUGAGCCAUCUUUUCACCGAAACUCUGAAGCAUGCACAGCAUGAUCAAUUAGCUCUCAUAAAUUUUAUUUUGAAUGGAUUUUAUAGUUUUGUACAACUGAUAAAAUUAUGCCAUGAACAUGCCGUGUCGUUUUAAUGCCUGGAGAGCAGAUUGCAUAAAACAUCUGUAUAGUAGGCAUCAGCGAGCUACUUAUAAAUGUGAUUUUACCCAAAAACCAGUUGACUUAUUAAUGCUUAAAAGUAGACCUUAGUUUUCUUACAGAAAAGGUCAGUAGAUUAGACCAGGGGACAGUGUGCCCUUGUGAUCUUUCCAUUACCCCCAAGGAAUCUGUCACUAGCUAAGAAACUUCCAACAUGUUCGCCAACGAGUUAGGUAGUUAUUUGGUAAGCGAACCAAUACAACCAGCAAAGAAUGCCUGCUUCUUCUACAUGACAAUAUUUUUUUCUGAACAAAAAACUGAAGACGGAGCUAGAUGAAGUGGCUUCGUGGUGCCGUUAAGUGUUUGUAUUUGACAGUCUUUCAUGACAGAUGAAGAUAGGAUGUAACAUAAUGAAACACCUGUCCUGGUGUGGCAGUCAACCAUAUGUGGACAAGGGUGAUCCCUGCAAGUUCCUGGCUUGCCUGUGAUGGGUGAUUUGGCUGUUAGAGAGGUGUUAUACAGGGCGAUUUUUGGUGCCUUACUUUAUCUUAAUUUUUGCCAAUGUGCAAAUUAAGGAUAAAUCAGAGUUACAGCAGGGAUUUAACAAACAGGAAAAAAACACACAGGGUGGAUCAAUAUUGUUUGGAAACUGUUAACUUCGAAACUAUUGUGUUCAACUUUUGAUUCAACAUCUCUAUCCUUCCUUUGUUUUUGAUGCCCAAUUGCGUUUGGAUUUGGCAUUUUUAGAAAGGGAUGGGGGAAACAAUAGAGCUGUUAGAAACCAGCACUAAGCUGCUUGAGCUUUUCUAUGGCAACGGGCUGUUGCUGGGCUUUGGGUUUUUUGGGGUUUGGGUUGUUUAGUUUUGUUUUGUUUUCUUGUCCAAUGAAGUUCAUGAACCAGUGGCAUGCAUUAUACUUUAAUCUGUUUUGCAUCAUUUCACUCGUUUAGAUUAUGAAAGCAUGUGGUUUUUUAUAUAUGACUUUCGCUGUUGAUUAAGAAGCACAAUGUUAAUAAAUGAUGUGGUGAUCAAUAAGGUUUUAUCUUCAAGAAUGUAAAAAUUUUAGUUUUUGGAAAGAUAUUUUGGAGAAAUGGGACUCGGUUGGCAAUAGCUACAAUGUACUUGGUCAACAUGUUUCUCAGCGAUUUCUUUAAUUUGUACGUUUGCAAGAGCGGUCAGAGUGCCCCUCUGACCGUCUGCCCUUCUUCUCUAGCCAACUUCUGCUACACCGUCUUGCAGUUUCCAAGGCUGCUAAUUGACUCGGGCGUCCUUAAACAAUACUUCACAGGAACCAAAUGCCAAACGGAGGAAAUAAGUAAGUCCUCCCAGUUUCUCCAAGAUAAAGCUUUUUUAUUAUUGCUAUUAAUAUUAAAUAUAGGUCUCAUUCAUACAGUGUAUGAGUAGGAUCAUUUGGACAAUGUCCACAAGGACCAAUUUUUAAAACCUGUUCUUGUGUUAUGGCUAAAUAGUCUAGUAAUGUUUUGUCCUUUAUUUUCAAUAUUUGAUAAACAUUUGAUGUUGAAAACUUAGAUGAUAGAUGCUUGUAUAUGAAUGUGUUGUUGUAAUAAAGUGAGGUUUUCUUGAUAUAUAUUUAUUAAAAUGAUCAAAAUUCAUUAAGA